AUGUAUUUUCUUCGCUCAAACGACGCUGGGAGCUCGUGGAGGUCAAAGGCAACGUUCUCUCCAGGGCUGAUGCUUUUUCCCAAAGACGGUGGUUGUGUGCUGUACAACCCUAAAGAAGGCAAGAUCGAAAAGAACCUUGGAGACUAUCCAGGGUGUCGAUUCCUGGCAAACUCCGGUAACUGUUUUUUGGUGUUAGAUUCUGGAUCCAAUUUAUUUAUCAAAGAUGUGUUUAGCGAGAAAACGAUCGAUCUUCCGCCUCUAGUGUCAAUUAGGCCAAGUACUAUGUGUACUCUCAAGCGUGUGGGAGAUAACGUAUUUGUAAGGGAACAUAAUGGGCAUGCUUUCACGGAACUGAUGAGUACCGAUUCUGUGAGGGGUCUUUUGUGGGUAGACGAGAGUGGAAAAGAUUAUGUUGUGGUGUGGUUCUUCGACGUCACUUAUGAGCACUAUUUUAUAAGCUUUUGCAAGAACGGGGCUACUCAUUACACUGACAUUCCUCUAGUUUUCGACCAUGAAUCCCACUGGAUGCAUGGCUUAUCUGGAAUGGUGCUACAUGGUUACCGUCUUUAUAUCACAACCUUUCGUCGUUAUGUUCGAAUCAUAGAUCUGUCUGAACAGCAACAAGGAGGUUUGUUCUUCAAGGAGCUCACCGAGAAAAAACCACUCUCAAUUCUUUCUCGUCAUGACUCAUCAUGCGAUUCUAGCAUUGCGGUUUCAACAUCAGGAGAGGUUUUGUUGUUUGAGAGUGAUCCAUGCAAUAGGAGCAUCUUCCGCCUCUACAAAUAUAAUCUUGAUUUAGAAGACCCAUAUUCCUCUGGCCACACGGUUCUUGAAAAAGAUUCUCUUGGUGGUGAGGCUUUGCUUCUUGACAUGGAUUUCACUGUGCCUGCUAACGAUUCCCUUGGUAUCGAACCAGACUCCAUCUAUUUUACCCGUCACUACCGUCCCUGCCACUGCACACCUCGUGACCUUGACAUCUGUGUGUUCAAUCUUGCAACCAAGACCCUCAAACGCUUUCCUGAUCUUGACGACAUGAAUCUCAUCGAUGCUCUAUGGUUUCUCCCUGGAUAA